UUCAUCAUCAUGAAUUCAUGAUCCACGAUCAUAUAUAUAUAUAUAUAUAUAUAAUUUUACACCUUCUAGCUCUUCUUCAACAACUUCCUUUAAUCUCAUCAAUAUAUAUCAGUUUCUUCGGUCUCAUCAGUUUCUGCUAUAUAUAUAUAUCAUAUCUCGUUAAAUUAAGAUCAGAGAUAUAUAGUAUAAGCUUAUAUAUAUCAUGGGAGACUCCUCUGCUAAUUCAUAUAUACAUAUGGUGCAACACUUGAUAGAGAAGUGCCUGAUCUUCCACAUGAGCAAAGAGGAGUGCAUGGAAGUCCUAUCCAAACAUGCAAGUAUUGAACCGGUCAUCACUUCAACAGUAUGGAACGAGUUAGAGAAAGAGAACAAAGAAUUCUUCGAGGCCUACUCCCAAUCUCAAACCAAAGAAGACAGGAUGUCUGAGGCAGAAGCUAGCGAAAUGAUUCAGAGAAUGAUAUCCGAUCAUUCAUCAAAAGAUUCGAAGGACACCUAAAUGUCAUGCUGCGUGAAUAUAUUAUAGCUAGAAAGAAGAUCAUAUUUGGAUUCAACUGGGCUCUCAAUUUGUUUUGUAAUAAGACAUACGUAUAGACAUGCCUAGUACGAUCCUAGUGGUCCUCACCUAGAUGAUCCAAUGGCCAAAUGAUGAUAUGGUACUUGGACUAAGCUGUCCAACACCUGGAGAAUCUUCCCGUUUCAUCGUUAUUUGCUGAGAAGUUUGGCUCUAGUGCUGUCUUGUAGCGUUUCAUUGCUGAGGAUCCAAUGUGAUGUACGGGCCCAAUCGCAAUAUAUAUAUAAAUAAAAAGCAUGAAAACGGGGAGUAGCUGUGUGUGUGUGUGUAAA